AUGUUUGGCGUUGUGCACGACGAGGACGUCGAAUUCGCUGAGGGAUGGGAGGCCGAAGGCCCCGCGGUGGGUGUAUUUUGCCCAGGGCUCCAGAAGAUUGCCCUUAUAAUCCAAAAAACAGGCGCUGAGGAUGUAAUUCCGCGGCGAAAGGGGGUUCCGCGGCCGGCCGUAGUCGCUGUGGUCGGUGGCGAUAUAAGACACCACGACGUACUUCCGAUAGCGCCGCUGCUCCGCCAGCUCCGCGGCCUGCCGCUUGGGGUGGCGUAA